GCACCAAUGAAGAGGGCCAGGAAGACUGGUUCUACCCUCGCCGCGCUGUCGCUGGGACUCAAGAGCCUGGAAGAGCCUGGGAGAGGAAAAGAUCACCUCCAAUUUGAUCGGAUGGCGUUCCGACAAAUCAGACACCCCUUUUUGACACCCCGUGACGGCUGGAUGCGGCAACCCGAAUUGAUCGAGUCAGUGCAGUGUAUCCAGCUUACCUCAGCUGUCUGCUUGCCCUUUCUUUCUCUGGUACGGAGUACGGGAAAGGAAAUGGAAAGGAAGGACGAAGGAAGGGGCUGCGAGGGUUUGGUAUCACUCAACACUCGCUAACUUCUUUCUCCCUGGGAAAGUUUUCC